UGUUUACGUAACCAUGGUGCAUGUUUCAUUCAAUCAGCUGUAAUUUAGAUAUUUAAGAGGUACAACCAAAAGGUUGAUUACUCUUUAACUGCAACCUUUUAGGUGAACUGUUUUAAAUCAGUGCAAAUAUGACUAACGACUCUAAUCCCCUUAAACCUGUGCAAACAAAAAACCCGGCUUUCGAUGAAACUCGGUCAUGUCUCUUACCUAUUCUCAAGAUGGACGUUGGCAUAAUCGAUAAGGAGUACUCUAAUUCGGUGAUUAAUUCGGAUUCAUUCAAGGAAACACUUUUUGCCUUUUAUUCUUUAUUGUAUGAGAAAGUAGCCAAAUUUGAAAAAGACCCAUCAAAGCAUCCUUUGGUUUACCAAAAAUUAUGCAGAUAUUUAGGAUUAUCACAAGCGCUCGUAAUUUUUCCACAAAUGGAUACAGUCCGACAAUCAGGAAAAGUGUAUUGUUCCUAUAUAGAUCAAAUUAUACCUCACAUCUCUUUGGAAAUUGAUAAAAAAAUGGAACUGUUUCCCAUUCAAGCAAGAGCUGGAAACGGAAAUCUAACCUUACCUUUCAAAUCAACAAGCAGAGAAAAUUUCUUCACUAAACUCAACACUCAUCAUCACGAAAUAAUGAACGGUCGACUCUUGGAUGUUUUCAAAGACAAUCGUUUGAAAGACUUUGUAAAUUAUGGCCUGAUCGAAAGAGGUGGCUUUGGUCGUGUAUAUGCCAUGCAAAAUUUAACCGACAGAUGUUUUUAUGCCAUUAAACUGAUUCCUUUCAAGAGUAGAGACCAAAUUCAGGCCGCAAAGAUUGUCCAAGAAGUUAUCCUUUUUGCUAAUCUGCCAACCCACCAAAACAUAGUCAGCUACAAAGGUUCUUGGGUGGAAAGUUAUGUGAAAAGCUUCGUUCUUCCAGAAAAUUCACCUCAAAGUACUAAAAAUAUAGAGAAAUUAGUUCCAUUUGAUUCAUCGUCAUCUUCAUCAUCUUCAGAAUCUCAUAAUUCAAAUUUAAGCUUAUCAAAAUUAUCAUUAGCAGCAUUGACAAAAAAGCACGAAUUAUCAGUCCAGUCAUCUAAUUCAGCUUUUUUCAGAUACUCACCCACUCCAAAGAUUAUCCCAUCGAAAGCCUAUGACUCUUUACCAGCAGAACUUCCAUCCAGAUUUUCAUCGGAACCUUUACCCGGGACUUCCUCGCAAUUUUCGGAAUUUUCAACUCACUAUGAAGAAUCUGAAGAAUCUGAAUAUUCCGAAUAUCCAACUCAAUCUGAACAAUCUGAACAACCAAUUCAAUCUGAAGUGAUACCAGAACUUAAAGUUGAAAAGGAAUCAAAGAAAAGCUCAGAUAUUACAAAAGCUCCUGUGUUAUAUUGUGUUUUAUUCAUCCAAAUGGAACUUUGUAAAUUUAACUUAAGAACUUGGAUCGACAAACGGAAUGCUGAACUAAUAAAUAGUACUUCUGUAGAUUAUGAUGCUGCAAUUGAUAUAAUGAUUCAAAUUUUAAGAGGUGUUCAACAUCUUCAUGAGCAUAAUUUAAUUCAUCGUGAUAUUAAGCCCCAAAAUAUUCUUUUUUCUUCUGCUGGAGUAGUUAAAAUUGCUGACUUCGGACUAACCACCAUUAACGAUCUUCCGGAAAGUAUUGCAGAUGUAGCCAAGAAAGGUCCAGGAAAAAAACGAAAGCGUACUCAAGGAUUAGGUACGAAAACCUACUCUGCCCCUGAACAACUCAAGAGUACUUCGUAUGGUCGUAAAGCAGAUAUCUAUAGCUUUGGUCUGAUCGCUUUUGAGUUACUUUAUCCCCUUUUCACGGAUAUGGAAAGAGCAGACCGAUUUGAGCAGCUUAAAACUUUACAAAUUUUACCCGAUGAAUUGACUAAACACAAGUGCCUUGCUGAUCUAAUCUUAAAAACUGUACAAAAUGACCCAGAUGCCAGACCUGAAGCAUCAGAAAUAUUAGAUAACGAAGAGAUUAUACGUUAUGGUUGGAAAAUUAAUCUUAAUCAACCAUCGUACUCAGAUUUGGUAAUCCUAGUCAAAAAUUUGAGCAACAAAGUGACUGAACUGACGGAUAUUGUCAAAUCUCGAGAUGAAGAGAUAAAAGAAUUGAAGAAACAGCUGAAUCUCAGAGAAACUGAUUCAAGUAAAGAGAAAGCACAAGGAGAGAAAUGAAAUCAAAGACAUUAAUCACUAGUUUUUAAUUAUUAAAUGUCUAUAUAUUUGUACAUAUUUUUGGUCUAACACCAAAUGAUUAGUAAAUGAACAUGAAUAAUUUUUGUUCAAACAUUUUGACAUAAAAA